UGACAUGACAACCCUGGAGGAACUCUGUGAGAAAUAUAGAGCAAGAACUAAAACAUAUUAUCAACAUUUGUGUUUUUCAUUGUUCUUUUGUUUUUGAUUUAAGGUUUUCUAGCAUUAUAAAUAUGAAAGUUUCAAUGCAAGUUAAUCAUUAAUGCAUUUUAUUGAUAUUUAACCUGAAGAAGUCCUGCUGUUGUCGUCAGACUGUUUGAAAAUCAGAAACUCCUCCCUCUUACAACACUAACCAGGAAGAGACGCACUUGUUAUUUCUUCUUUCUGUCACUGAUUUUCUUCUCUUUGACAAAAGCAAACAAGAAUCAGUCAUCAGAGGACGACGAAGAGAAAGACUUUGAAGAAGUUUGUUUCUGAACAGACAGCAGAUCUUUGUGAUUCUCGAGGUUAUUCGUGUUUGAAACCGUCGUUCAGAAAGUGAAAGUAAAGUUUAGGUUGCUGGAGCUCAAACAGUGAAAAUGGCUUCACUAUCUGUAGAAGAGCUUUCUUGUCCCGUGUGCUGUGAUAUCUACAAAGUUCCGGUUUUUCUGUCAUGUAGUCACAGUGUCUGUAAAGAGUGUCUUCAACAGUUCUGGAGAACCAAGAAAACUCAGGAGUGUCCUGUCUGCAGGAGAAGGUCCUCCAAUGCUCAACCUCCAAUUAAUCUGGUGUUAAAAAACUUGUGUGAGUCGUUCCUGAAGGAGAGAAAUGAGAGUCGUUCAUCAGGAUCUGAGGAGAUCUGCAGUUUACACAGUGAGAAACUCAAACUCUUCUGUCUGGAAGACAAACAGCCAGCGUGUAUAGUGUGCUUUACUUCACAGAAACACGUCAGUCACACAAUCAGACCCAUCAGUGAAGUUGUUCCUUCAUAUAAGGAGGAGAUCAAUACAGAACUGAAGUCCUUACAGGAGAAACUUCAACACAAUGAAAACAUUAAAGAAGAGUUUGAGAAAACAGUUCAACACAUCAAGUCUCAAGCUGAGCACACAGAGCGUCAGAUUAAACAGCAGUUUGAGAAGCUUCAUCAGUUUCUCAGAGAUGAAGAAGAAGCUACAAUCACUGCACUGAGAGAGGAAGAGGAGCAGAAGAAGCAGAUGAUGAAGGGGAAGCUGGAGGAGAUGAACAGACACAUCUCAGCUCUUUCACACACAAUCAAAGACACGGAGGAGAUGAUGAAAGCCAGUGACGUCUGCUUUCUGAAGGAGUUUCCAGUCACGAUGGAAAGAGUCCAGAUCUCAUCACAGCCGGAUCCACAGACUCCUUCUGGAGCUUUGAUUCAUGUGCCGCGUUACUUGGGCAACCUGCCCUUCAGAGUCUGGAAGAAGAUGCAGGACAUCAUCCAAAACACUCCUGUGAUUCUGGAUCCAAACACUGCAGAACCACGUCUCGUCCUGUCUGAUGAUCUGACCAGUGUGAGAUACAGCGAGAACAAACAACCUCUUCCUGAUAAUCCAGAGAGAUUUGACUCUUAUCCCUGUGUUCUGGGUUCAGAGGGUUUUAACUCAGGAACACACUGCUGGGAUGUGGAGGUUAAAGAGAGUCCAGCCUGGAGACUUGGAGUAACUACAGAAUCAAACCAGAGGAAGGGAUGUGUUUUCUUUAACACUGAUGUCUGGAGUGUGCAGCGUGGAUUGCCUGUUCGGUUUGGUUUUCCUGUUAAACAGAAGCUUGAGCGUAUGAGAGUUGAUCUGGACUAUGAGAGAGGAACAGUGUCAUUCUCUGAUCCUGUAACUAACACACAUCUACACACAUUCACAACCACCUUCACUCACACACUCUUUCCUUUCUUCUGGUGUGUUUCCUCUCUGAGGAUCUUAUCGUUCAAUAGUCAGUAAAUGUUACUCCUGUAGUUCUGGAUCCACCUGUUUUCAUCUUUUACACUCAUCAUGUUUCCAAUAUUUGAUUCAUAUCACAAUUUGUUUGACAUGAGACUAAAUGAGUAACUGUUUAUUUCAGUAAUAGAGGUUAAAUGAUACAUGUGAUCAGUUUGUUCAUUAAUGUAAAUCAGGGAUGAGUAACUGGCACCCACACACACAAACACACACACACACACACACACACAUUCUCCAUACGGUCUCUUACAGGAAUUGUUUGUGU